UGAGAGAGGAAGCUGUUACUUUGAAGGACAACAUGCAGGGGAUGUUGAUAAAGGAGGAGAUUGAAAUUACGAAUUGCAGCAAGGAGCGACACGCCGUUCUCGAGGAAUACAGGGAGCGCGUGUUGGAGCGAAAGAUGGAGCUCGAGCGUUUGGAGAAGAUGAUAUUCCAAUCGCGUCCACGGGACGAUUUCGACUGCUCGCGUGGGAGAGGCCAAGGCGCGGAGGACGCGAGCAAGGACGAAGUGGCGCGGUUGGAGGAGACGUUCGCCAAACUUCGCGGGGCGACCGGAGUGUCCAGAACCGAGGACGUUCUGAACCGGUUUCUGGGUCAGCGGGCGACCAAGGAUAAUCUGCAGAAAAUGCGGGUGGCCACGGAGCGGGAGAAAACGGAGUUGGAAAAGCAGAGGCAACGGCUCGUGGACGAGAUGGAAACGAGAAAAUUCUCGGAGGCGAGGAACGCGGAACAAAACGCGGAAGAGAUGGAAAAACUGAAUCGUCAGAUCGGCGAGCAACGAUCGCGCCAAUUAAAGGCAGAUACCGAGAAACGAAGAGUGGAAGAUCUGGUGCAAGAAAUAGCCACGACGUUAUGGAAUGUGUGGAAUAAAUUUCGUGAUAUAAUAGAUACAGUGCCUGAAGAAUCAAAGAAAAUUCAAAAUCCUCUGCAACUUAUAGAUUUAAUAAAUGAAAAAGCAACUAGUAUUAUUGAAUCUUUAGGAGGACCGGAUAAGUAUUUGGAAAUAUUGGAUGAAAUAUCGGUUGAUAAGUUGGAAACAAUUUCGAUUACAACUACUUCGGUAGAAGGAAAAGCAACGCGUGCAAACGAAGGACCACUUUUUCCACGAUUCCCAUCUUCAACAACUCCGGCGACAUUGCUUUCCGAAGAUGAAGAAGAUGUACCAACUAGAAAUAAUCUUAAAAAACAGGCACAACAAUUGGUCGAUAUUAAAAGUCGUCGAAAAGGAUUUACAUUUAAAAGAUAAAUUUUCUUACAAUAAAUUAAUCUCAUUUUAUACAAAUAAUUUUUUCCUCCAUAUAUAUAUAUAUA